AUGCCUGCUGCAGGACGUAACAUGACACCUGUUGAUUGCCCUGUCUGCCAGAAGGCUAUAAGCCGCAAGGCAGAUCUUCCUAGACACAUGCGUACUCACGAUGAACACAAGGAGGCUCUUAUGCAUGCAUGCCCAUUCCCUAACUGCGGUUACAAGACCCUUCAGAAGUCUAAUCUGCAGACGCACAUGAGGACACACACUCGUGAACGCUCGAAGACGUGCCCUCACCCUGGGUGCGCGUUUGCCACCACCGAUCCAGGUAGCUUGACGCGUCAUCGCAAGCAACUACACGGCUACGAACCCAAAGCGCGUCGCAACACCGGUGACAAAGCUGCCCGACGGUCCGCCGCGGCGCCUUACCCCUCUACUCAGUUUAUGAAGCCGGAGAUAGAGAUUCCUGCAUCGCUGGAUCUCAAUGACCUAACAUUUCCCGAGCUCGCAGGCCUCGUCCCUUGCGAUGUGCUCUCACCCGCUGAGUCCAGCGACUCCGGUAUCCCCCAAUUCUCAGGGGAGCUCACUGAACUUCCCUGGGAGCGACUCUUCCCCGAUCUCCUUACCGAGAGCUUCGCCUCUGUCUACGAACAGCCCUCUCAGCUCCCCAUCCCCACCUCCCACUACCUCCGGCCCCCAACUGUCCCCGCUGAUCUCUCCACUCUCCACAUGCCGCAGUUCGACCAAGAGCUAUUCUCUGAUGUCAACUUUCAGUUCCAGCCCGUCUCCAGAAACGAUCUGAACAACUCCCUACCAGCCGAGCUGGACGAGUUUUUGCAGAAAUACGGCUCGGGGUACUUUGAAGGCCGCUGUGGGUACCAAGACAAUGCGACGUAUUCAGUGGCCCAGCCCUCGUUUACGAACGAAUACAACAUCUAUUGA